AUGAUGUUUGUGCAUGAUGCUGAUUUACAAGGUGACAGUAUGGUGUUCUUGCGGGAACUUAUCAACGACUUCAUAAGGGUGGAGCAGGGGUGGUGGACAAAAGACCCGAAUGGUGUUUGGCGUUUCUUCGUGGCAGAGGACCGUCUAAGCAAAGGGAUGAAGAUAAAAGAAGGUGAAUCCCUGCUCGCUACCAAGGAGAAGCUGCUGAAGGAGCUCCACAUCGACUCUUUAACUGAGGACAUCGAACUGACAUACCAGAUGCUGUCGUGGAUGGAUGUGGAUGGUAGCGUCAAAACAGUACCGAUUCACAUCCGCACCAACGACGACCUGGAUAUGUUUCUCGCGAUGAGGGUGGAUCUCUGUGACCUGAAGCUUCUUGUCGUCCUAAUGGCGAAAGAAAUGACCCUUGACGUUGAAGACUUUCGUGUCGUGAAACCGACACACGGUUUUGCGUCGGCUGAGACGGUUCUUGGAAGCGAGUAUGACCGCGAGAAAGGAAUAUUGGAGAACGAGGGUGCCGGCGAGCUCCUCAUGCUGACGCAAAGAGCGCCAGAUGUAGGCGAGAGUAGCAAGUCCCGUGAUGCCUCCAUAAUGGCACUUGGACAUGUAGAUACACUUUUGGAACUCCAUGUCAAAAUAAACUCCAGCAACUCUAUCCAUGGAUAUUCUGCGAGUGUGUUUCCUGACAGCUCGCCGUCCGAUGACGACGCCACGACCGACGGUACGACUCGCCUUACUAAGGACCUGUUUCCCAUGUUUGAAAGCGAAGUCGCGGCGACGUAA